AUGUUCAAAUUUAAACUUAAUCGAAAACAACCGGAAGAAAAUGAAGCACGUCGACGUCUUCAAAAAGAAUUAUUUGGUUUAAAUAAAGUUUGUGAUCGAGGUUUUCCAUCUCGUCCAUCAGCAAUUGCAUAUGAUUAUGAAUUAAAAUUAAUUGCUAUUGGUACACAUACAGGUGAAAUUCGAAUUUAUGGACAACCUGGCUUUCAAUUAUCAUAUAAUCUUGAAUCUACAUCAAUUCGUAAAAUAAUAUUUUUAAAUAAUCUAGCUCGACUUCUUGUAUUAACUUUGGAUGGUUAUUUACAUUUACUUGAAAUCAAUCAUUCAAAUACAUUACGUAUCGAUCGUAUAUGUACAUCAAAUGAAAAUGAUGAAACUAUUUUAAAAAAUACACAAACAUUAUGUUUAUUACGAAAUAAUUUAAAUCUUUUAAUUGGUGUUAAUAAUGGAAAUAUUUAUUCAUUUAAUAUUGAAAAUUUUACAUUGAAUACAAUUCCAAUAAUUCCAACAGAAGUUAUUGAAAAAACAAUUGUUGAAUAUUGUAGUGGACGAAUUGUUCAUCCUGGUGCCGUACAAUCAAUAGUUCAACAUCCAAUAAAUGAUGAUAAAAUCCUUAUUGGAUAUAAAAAUACACUUAUUGUUCAUUGGGAUUUGCUAUUAAAUAGUCAUGAUAGAACAUAUAUAUAUAAACAAGAAGUUGAAUCGGUUUGUUGGUAUAAUCAAGGUAUGAAUUUUGCUACAUGUCAUAGUAAUGGAAGUUAUGCAUUAUGGGAUGCAAAAAAACAAUUAAAUAUAGUUGAAACAGAAAAAAUUCCUUAUGGACCAUAUCCAUGUACACCAAUGACAAAAAUUUGUGUGAAAAUUAUGCGAAAUGGUGAUCCUUUAAUAAUAUUUUCCGGUGGUUUACCUCGUUCAAGUUAUGCUAAUAAACAUAGUAUUAGUUGUUUAUGUGAAAAUGAACAUAAUUCUGAUCGUACACGACAUGUUGCAUUUGAUUUUACAACAGAAAUUAUUGAUUUUUUUACUAUUGAUCGAUCUCGUGAUGAUCCAGAAUCACUUGUAGUUUUAUUAAAUGAAGAAAUUAUAGUCAUUGAUCUUAUAACUGAUACUUGGCCAUUAUAUCAUUUACCUUAUUUAAAUAGUAUUCAUGCUUCACCUGUUAUAUGUACAACUUUAGUAUAUAAUGUGAAUAAAGAAUUUUAUAAAAAACUUCUUAAUUAUGCUUCAGUACAAUUUGAAGAUUAUUCCGAUCGAAAAUGGCCAAUAACAGGUGGAGAAAUAAAUCAUAUUAUUGAUGAUACACAAGAAAAACAUUUAUUACUUACUGGACAUGAAGAUGGAUCAGUACAAUUUUGGGAUAUUACAAAUAUUUCUAUGCCAUUAGUUUAUAAAUUAAAAACAAGUGAUUAUUUUCAAAUUGAACAAGCACCAAAUGAUGACGUCGAUGAAGAAACAUGGCCACCAUUUCGCAAAACUGGUCUUUAUGAUCCGUAUUGUGAUGAUCCUCGUUUAGCCAUACAAAAACUAGCAUUAUGUACUAAUACCGAUACUCUUAUUGUUGCUGGAACAGCUGGACAAGUUCUUACAUUUCAAUUUACCGAUGAACCAACUGAUGUAAAUAUUACUACAACAUCAGUAAAUUUACUUGAAGGUUGUGAAAGUUUUGUAUGGAAAGGACAUGAAGAAAUGAAAACUAAAUCAACAUUUAUUUCAUCUGGUUUUCUUGUUACUUCAUUUGUUCAACUUUAUCCACCGGCUGCUAUUUCAGCUUUAGCAUUAUGCUCUGAUAUUCGAAGUUAUGCUGUUGGUACAGCUCAUGGUUUUACAAUAAUAAACUAUCAACAAAAUCGAAUUCUUUCUGCUAAAUGUACACUUGAUCCAAAUGCUUUAGAAAAUCUAUCAACAACAAUUCGAUCAUCUAUUGGACAUUCAACAUUAAUACGUGGACGUUCAUUAAAAAAAUCUCUUCGUGAAUCAUUUCGACGUUUUCGUAAAGGACGAACAAUAAAAAAAUCUACUAUCAUACCACCAACACAACGAAUUGAUGAAAAUAGUCCAUUAUCACCAACAAAUAUACAUUUAGAAGAAAUAACACGUGUACCGAUUGAACGUCAAGUUGAAUUUCGAGAAUUUAAACAAAAUGAUGAUCAAAUUAUUAGUAUGGUUCGUUGUUUAUAUUUUGCUAAAACAUAUCUUAAUAGUGUUAAUGAUCGAACUCAUUCAUUAUGGGUUGGUACGAAUGGUGGACAUGUUUAUGUUUAUUCUUUAAUUGGUUUUGAAUCCCAAUUAACCAAUCGAGCUUCUAUUGCAAGUGAUCAAACAUAUACAUGUUCAUUAGCAAAAGAAAUUCGAUUAAAACAUAAAGCACCCGUAUUAAGUAUUGUUGUACUUGAUAGUUUAAAUCAAUCAAUAGGACAAGGUUCAAAUAUUCCAUUAAAAGAAUCAAUAUCAUUAACUACAGAUGCCUCGAAUACAUUAACAAUUAAUUCAGAAAAUAUUACUUCACAUAAAGUACUCAUAUGUUCUGAAGAACAAUUUAAGAUAUUUACAUUACCACAAUUGAAACCAUUAUGUAAAUAUAAAUUAACAGCAACAGAAGGUACUCGAGUACGAAAAAUUAAUGUUAAUCAAUUUACACUUAAAACAGAUAAUCCAAAUGAAAUUCAUUCCGAAUCUUGUCUUGUUUGUUUGGAUAAUAUGGGUCAAAUUAGUAUUUAUGCUUUACCAACACUUCGCCGUCAAAUAUUAUUCAAUUGUGUAAAACCAACUGAUAUUUUAGCAUUAUCAAGUUUUCAAUUUACACCUUCUGUACAUGCUUUUUAUCUACAAUCAUCAUCUGAAUUAAGUGAAAUAACAUUUUCACCACAAGUUAUUUUACCUUAUUCAAUGACAAUUACAUAUGAUAAACUUCAACGUAAAACAAUACUAAGAUCAAGUGAAGAUAAAUCAAAUAUUCAAAUAAAGUCAGUAAAAAGUAAUCGUAUAGAUCAAACACCAUCAAAAGAUUCUAUUUCAUCAUCAUUACCACAGAGUAUUGAAAGUAAAACUGAGCCUGAAGAACCUGUAACAAUAAAAACAGUAAAAUCUGAUCACUACGGAAAUAACAGUGGUAUUAGUACAAAUUCCGAUUCAGCCAUUGAUUUAAAUUCAGUAAAUAUGACUCAUGAUGGGCCUUUAUUUCAAUCAACACCGAUAAAAGUUGAAAUUGAAUCGUCGGUAACAGUUUCAUCAAAUGGUCAUGAUUGUUCACUUUCACCAGUAUCUCAAAAAUCAAGUAAAACAACUGCUGCUCCGCCUCCACCAGUGCCUGUAAAACCACCAAAACCAAUUUCAGUUAAAGUUCGUCAAGCACCAACAAUUAAUGAUGUUCAUUAUCAUAAUGGUACUAAUAAUCAAGCAACUCAACAAACACCUGCCAUACAUACUUAA